AUGGCGACUUGCGUCCUUCAAGAGCCGCACGAGGACGACCGCUGCAACCGCACGGUCGACAUCUACCAGGGCGUCGAGAGCCCUCCCGUGACGGAGCGGAACCAGGGCCGUCCGCUGCACUGCACCUACCGAAUUCGGGUGAGGCCAGCCCGCGACGACUGGGUCGUCUUCGUCCGCUUCACCAGGCUUCGGAUCGGGGAGCCCACGGAAGACCGGCAGAGGUGCGACGGAGGCUACGUGCAGAUCGUGGACGGCUACAGGGACUCGAACCACUCAAACCGCGACGCGCCGGGCUUCUACUGCGGCGAGAUCGACUCGCCCAAGACGUUCAUCUCUGAGACGCCGCACGUGAAGAUCGUGUUCCAUGCGGACAGUUACGGCCAAGACACGUACAUGCACUUCGACGCCUCCGUCAAGCAGCAGGGAGAAGUGUCUUCGAGGUAUGGCCAGUACUCCCAACUUUAUCCGAACCGCCGUGGAGUUCCAGUUCAGAACACCUACUGCCAUCGGACGUUCCGGGACUGUUCCCCCGGACGCUGUUUUGUACAGUCCCCUGGAUACCCGGGAAUCUACCCGCGGAACCUGGUCUGCAAAUACCGCAUCAGCGUCCGCCAGAACCUCGUCGGUCUCGACCUCACGACGUUCGACGUCGACGGCCUCCGCUGUGACAACCUCCUCAUGUGCUUCCCGCGGCCCAUCACAAAAGAUCCGAGCCGGUGUCCGUACGACUACGUCAAGGUCUACGACGGUCCCACCGAGGAUUUCCCGGCUAUCGCUACACUCUGCGGCCGCGGGCGUCUUAAGUCCAACAUCGUUGCCACGGGCACCGAGAUGCUGGUUACCUUUCUCACGUCACCCGCUGGUCCACUGCUUAACACGGGAUUCCACUUCAAAGCGGACACCGUGUUCGACGCGGGGGAUGGGGAACACAUCCAGCUCAAAAAUGGAACAUGCCUGAUGGAGAGAAAGCUGAGCGGACCCGCCAUCUUUGCUAGUCCUCGUUCGUGGUACCCCAUCAACACGACUUGCUCGUACAAGUUUACCGCUCCUCCGGGAGAACUGGUCAGAAUUGAGUUCCUCUGGUUCAGAGUGGAAAGGGUGACACUCUGCGACGAAGCGCUGCGAAUUUACGAUUCGCUCAAGCCGGACCCGCGCUACAUCAUCACCAAGCUGUGCGACACCAACAAGCCAAGGACGGAGCAGCCGAGAGCAGUCUUUGAGUCCACGGGACCUGGUCUUCUUCUGCAGUUCACCAGCAAAACGGGGAGCCUGGAUGGCGCGUCCAUCAGCUUCGGCUUCGAGGUUCGGCACAUCAACGCCGCCAUCUACGACAACAGGGUCAGCCCCCUGGCAUGCAACAGGCGCUUCGCGGCCGGCGAGGCCGACUCUCCGUCCCGAGGAACGUUGGCCGUCCACUUCGGCGACUUCGCCGAGCACGCUCAAGCGGUCACGUGCAACUAUACGUUCGAUGCGAGGUCGUGGCCCCAUGGGAGGAUACAACUGACUGUGGCAUCCAUCUUCGAGACAAGGACUGACCAUUGCGACCUGUGUCCGAGGGACGGUCCUGGAAGAGUUGAGAUCAUUGCAGAGACGCGCUACGAGCGGCCGACCUGUCUCUGCAACGUGGGAAGGUACCGCACCCACCGCAUUGUGUCCACGGGGCCGGUCCUGCAACUCUCGCUCUACUUGAAGCCUACGCCGGAAUGGAAACGAAUAAGCGCAUCCGCGCUCAAAGACAGGCUGCUAGAAGUGUCCUUUACAUUCUACUCCGAUACCCGUUGCGGAGCGGAGCGUCUCGAGUUGGAUUUGCAGGGCUCCUUGAGAUUCCCAGCUGCCCAGCCGCCAUACCGACUGAGCCAGAGCUACGGCUUCUCCGAAGACGUUCUCGGAGGCGGUGGCCCCCUGUACUGCCGGUGGCAGGCUCCGGUGCUGUCCAACCAUGACGUGUCCUUCAGGCUCGAGGGCUUCCACGCCGUCACCAACAACUGCACCACGAACUACCUCCUGGUCGACGACGUGGUGCUCUGCCCCAACCCUCCUGUGGUGCAUUCCGUGCUGCUGCACAGGGAAAACAUCCUGAACGCCCAGGUGCCGCUCGAGUUCAGAUCCUCGGACGCAGCCACCACCAACUUCUCUCUCUGGUGGACCCAAGUCAAGAUCCUCCCGACCCCUUCGACACCGGACACCCUGGUGUCCCUCAGCAAGGAGUGCGAGUUCCUCUGCGCUACGAGCAUGGUCUGCAUCAAGAAGGAACUGGUCUGCAACGGCGUGCCCAACUGCCCGCAACGGCUGCCCGACGGAACUCACCCACAGAGCCCUCCGGAGGAACUGCUGCAGUCAGCCGCGGACGAAGAUGCUCUUCUGUGCGCCGCCGAUAGGGCCACGGUCCAGGUGUACUGGUGGAUCAUCGGUGUCGGCCUGGUGAUCUGCCUGAGUGUCGUGGUGGGGUUCGUUUUCUCCGUGUUUCGACGCUGUAGGGCCGGAAGACAUCGCUUUUGA